GCGCCGCGCUCGGCCCGGGAGCGCGAGCGAGAGGAGCGGCGACCCGCAGCCGGGAGCCCGGGCGCGGGCGAUGCAGGCGCCGCGGGCGGCACCUGCGGCUCCUCUCGGCGGCGGCCGUCGCCUCGGCGGCAGCGGCGCGGGCCCCAGCAGCCUCGGCAGCCACAGCCGCUGCGGCCCGGGCAGCCUCCGCUGCGGUCGCCGCCUCUGAUGCGCCUGCCUGCUCCCGUCCCCGCGGCUCCGGGAGGAUGUGGCUCCUCGGCAUCGCGGCAACUUUUUGCGGAUUGUUCUUGAUCCCAGGCUUUGCGCUGCAAAUCCAGUGCUACCAGUGUGAAGAAUUCCAGCUGAACAACGACUGCUCCUCCCCCGAGUUCAUCGUGAAUUGCACGGUGAACGUUCAAGACAUGUGUCAGAAAGAAGUGAUGGAGCAAAGUGCAGGGAUCAUGUACCGCAAGUCGUGUGCGUCAUCAGCGGCCUGUCUCAUCGCCUCUGCCGGAUACCAGUCCUUCUGCUCCCCAGGAAAACUGAACUCAGUGUGCAUCAGCUGCUGCAACACCCCUCUUUGCAACGGGCCAAGGCCCAAGAAAAGGGGCAGCUCUGCCUCGGCCCUCAGGCCAGGGUUCCCCACCACCGUCCUGCUCCUCAAAUUAGGCCUCUUCUUGGCGCACUGCUGAAGCCGAAGGAGAUGCCACCCCCUCCCGCAUUGUUCUUCCAGCCCUUGCUCCCCCACCUCCCCGAGUUUCUUCUGGGUGUCCUUUUAUUCUGGGUAGGGAGGGGAGUGUGUGUUCUCUUUUCGUUCCUUUGCAAAUAAUGAAAGAGCUCCACGUAAAAGCAUUUUUGUAAGCUCUGAAUAAAUUCAGUCUGACUGAAUUUUCAGCGUGUAUACUUGAAGGACGGAGACAGAGUAAAAGUUCACCCCCCUGUGGUGUAACCAGAGUCAAGGCCAGGUUGGCAGAACCAGCCCUUAGAAGUCACUAAGGUGGCACCUGCCCUUCCCAAAGCCUCUAGCUCCCAUCCUGUCCCUGGCGGGGGGCACAGUUUCCUUUGUGACCGCUGUGUGAGGGUCGUGCUGCUUCAGUGCGGGCAGGGCGGGUUCCCGCUCAAAGCCUCCUUCCUCCACAUUCAAACUUCUUGCUCCUGAAAACCGUUCUCUGGGGCAGAGUUGGCCGGUUUCGUCUCCGAGCUGGGAUCUGGCGAAUCGAGGCCCAGUUGCUGGGGCUUGGACUCCGGUUUGGCCUCGCUCUGAAACGUGCUUAGGAAAACCUUGUCAGUUCUCCUGGCGGAGGAGCGGCGCAGGGAGGCGGCGAAGAUGAGCGGGCGGCGGGCGGAGCGCGCGCCGGGGCCGCUGGAGGCGCUGGAGCUGGCGAGCGCGCGCAGGCGCCUCUCGUGGUUGGCGUGCGGCAGCGCCAGGCGGCAGCGCAGCACCUGCGCGAACACCCUGCGGAACUGCUGCGACGACACGUUGUACAGCAGCGGGUUGAUGACCGAGCUGAGGUAGAAGAACGUGUCCGAGAAGGGGAGGAGGAUCAUGUACGCCCGGAAGUAGGCCUGCGUCCAGUCGUGCUUGGGUUUGGCCGCAGCCAUGAUCCUCCGAAUCUGGUUGGGCAUCCAGCAAACGGCCAAGGUCACAACGAUCAGCCCUGGGCGGGCGAGAGCGGGAGAGAGAGA